AUGUCGCUCACCUACGCCACAAGCACUAGCGCCGCCUCGGCAGCCGCCCCGCCACCCCGCCGCAAGAGCUGUGGACGCUGCGUCAAGGCGAAACGGCGCUGCGACCUGCAGCUCCCUUGCUCGCGAUGUGCGGAAAAGGGUCUGGCGUGCGAGUACCCGUCCGCCGCUGGUCCCUGGAGGCCAGACCAGUCGCAGAAGCCCGCUGCAGCACCUGACCUCGACCUCGCUGCACGCAAUGCGAUGGGGGCGGACGGCUUUGAGAGUAUCAUGCCCGGACUCAUGAACGGGUACGAUUUGGAUCUGCACAUGGACCUGGGAGAUACGCCUGCCCUUCUUACUGGCAGUGGCGCCUUUGACCAAAUGGAUGAUCGUCGCGAAAGUUCUUUUGGCAGUCCAGAGUCUCAAUCGACCUCGACCCGGGAGACGUUCACCCGAGAAGAUUAUGAAGACUUUUAUGAACUAAGGGAAGAACUUGAUCAAGGCAAACUGGGCAACCCGAACUCUGCCAGCGCAUACAUCAUUGAUCUGGUGCGGAAUUUCCCCAAAACCAUGGCUUUGAAGAUGAAAACACCGUUUCUGCAUCCGCGGAUGUACGAAGACAAUAUGCCCAAGGCCAUACUCGAUGCCUUUACAGCCUCGGCGCUUUAUGCAACCAAGAAUUCGGCAAACGAGGCAGCUGUAUUCAAGGUUUUGGAUGCAAACGCAUCCAACUUGCUUCAGCAGUACAACCCUGCCGAAUCGAGACCAACUCGAGAUCUGCUCAUCAUGAUCCAAGCUUUACUACUCUACCAGAUUAUUCGCGUCUUUGAUGGUGACAUCCGGCAGCGCGGGCAUGCCGAGACUGCAAUGCCAGCCCUGAAGGAAAUGACAAUACAGCUUGAACAACAUCGCGAUCAAUUUGCCAACGUCCCUAGCGCAGGCCCGGAUCCACCUCAUUGGGAUUCCUGGCUACUUGAAGAGUGCACGAGAAGAACCGUGCUCGUGAGCUAUUUCUUUCUCAGCAAAUACCAUUUGCUGAAGAAUGGAGACGGUAACCCAUUCGACCUUUUCCCCAAAGGCAUUAGCUGA